GCUUUGAAAAUGGCAGCUUCCCGGAGUUACGACGUCUUCUUGUCUUUCAGCGGCAUUGAUACUCGGAACAAAUUCACCGGCCACCUCUUGGACGCUUUGGAGCGCGAUCGUUUUCGCACGUUCAGAGACGACUCUAAACUCAGAAGAGGAAAAGAAAUCGGGCCCGGAUUGGUUAGGGCGAUCGAGGAAUCAAGGAUCUCCAUUGUCGUCUUCUCGAAAAACUAUGCGUCCUCAACAUGGUGCCUGGAAGAGCUCGUGAAGAUCAUGGAUUGCAAGAGGACUCUCAAACAGAUUGUUCUUCCCAUCUUUUACGACCACGAACCCUCCGAUGCUCGGUCACAGAGGGGCUGUUAUGCGGAAGCAUUUUCCCGCCAUGAAAAAAGCUUCGGAUCUGAAUCUGUGGAGAGGUGGAGGGCUGCUCUAACUGAUGCUGCCAAUUUGUCCGGUUACGUCCUGCAGAAUGUGGCCAACGGGUCUGAGUCAAAGUUAAUUGAGAUUGUUGUUAGAGACGUCGCAGAUAAACUCAAUCCUACUUGUUUAAGUGUUGCGGACUACCCAGUUGGAAUAGAGCGUGGUGUUCAACAAGUGUGUGAGUUUCUAAAGUUGCGGUCAGAUAGUGAUGUUAGGAUUAUUGCCAUAUGGGGGAUGGGUGGAAUCGGUAAGACUACAAUAGCUAAAGCAAUGUAUAACCGCAUACAUUAUAUGUUUGAAAGUAGUUGCUUUCUUGCAAAUGUGGGACGAACUUCGAUGCAACCUAAUGGCCUUGUUGAAUUACAAGAAAGGCUUCUUUGUGAUCUGCUAAUGGAUCGAAAUCUGCCUAGAAUAAGAAGUGAGGAUCAUGGGAUUGAGGAAAUAAAACAGAGAGCAUGGUGUCAAAGGGUUCUUCUUGUUCUCGAUGAUGUUGAUAACAUUCGCCAAUUGAGGGCAUUAGCCAUAAAUCGUGGUUUGUUUCAUUGUGGAAGUAGAAUCGUUAUAACAACUAGAGAUUUGUCUUCAGUAAGUAUGCUUGAGGUGGAUGAGGAGUAUGAAGCUUGCCCGUUGAAUGAGAAGGAGUCUCUUUAGCUCUUUAGUUGGCACGCCUUCAGGAAAGACCAUCCUUUGGAAGACUAUGAUAAUCUUUCAAAGGAAGUAGUGGAUUAUGCUCAAGGGCUUCCUUUAGUUCUUGAGAGUUUAGGUUCCUUUUUGUCAGAGAAAACAAUCCCUGAAUGGACAAGUCAGUUGAAGAAGUUAAAAAAAAUUCCUCAUCACGAUAUUCAAAAGAAACUUAUGCUAAGCUAUGAUUCACUUGACGAUGAACAGAAGGAAUUAUUCCUAGAUAUUGCAUGUUUUUUUGUUAGAAUGGAUCAAGAUCUGUCAAUCAAAAUACUAGAUGCCUGUGGUUUCUUCCCAGAAUCUGGAAUUGGGGUUCUAUCUCGUCGUUGUCUAGUAAGAAUUGAUGGGCAUAACCGGCUGAUGAUGCAUGAUAUGAUUCAAGCCAUGGGUAGAGAUAUUGUCCGCCAAGAAUCCCCUCAAGAGCCUGACGAACGUAGUAGAUUGUGGUAUCGUGAGGACAUUCUCGGUGUACUGAGGAAUAACACAGGAACGAAAGCAAUUCAAGGCAUAGCCCUGAACUUGUCAGAAUCAGAGGAGCUACGACAAGUGAAUGCAAAGGCAUUCACAGAGAUGAAAAGGCUGAGACUGCUUCAUCUCAAUUAUGGCCACCUAAGUGGAAGCUGCAAACAUCUCUCCGGAAGACUAGUUUGGCUAUCUUGGAAAGGAUUUCCUUUAAAAUGUAUGCCAUCAACCUUAAUCAUGGAUAACAUGGUUGCCAUUGACUUGAGCUACAGCAGGCUCAAACAGGUGUGGAAAGAAUCUAAGGUACGAUACUGGUGAAAAAGAUAAACAAGUCACAAAAACAAGUUGUUAUGUUUUGCACAAUAUUGCAUCUGUUUUUUUUCUUUUUUUUUAAAAGGUCAGUUUCAUUUGUUUGCAGGAAUUCUUUAUUUUUUUUUAAAUAACCAAUGUAAUGUUUACCUUUCGAAAAAAAUCAUUCAAACAUUUUUUUUAUAUAGACAUUUUGCAACAAAUUUAGUUACCAAACAUGUUUUUGGUUUGGAAUAAAUCACAUUGCAGCA